CAGAAGCGUUAAAUACAAUAACGGAAGAUACCUAAACUGCACAAAACUAACUGACCUACCCACCUUUCACACCACUUAACGAUCCGUUAACAGCUUCAUCUAAUCAUCAUCAUCGUCAUCUUCUUCAUCAAACCCUAACCCUAAUCUCCCUCACACAUCAAUGGCAUCACCAACAAACACCGAAAAAUCAUCACCGAUUAACAACGGCAAUAACAGCGACGACAACCAGAUCACCGUCCACACUCCGGCGACUAUCGUCUCUGUAGAGCCACCAGAAGAACCACGGAGCAAAAAAUCCAAACACGAUUCUUCCGGCGGAGAUUACCGGAGGGAACGUGAGGAAUGGAACGAUAAAUCUGUAGAGAUCCUUUUAGAUGCAUUUACAGAGAAAUAUAUGGCUUUAAAUAAGAGUCUUUUGCUCCGAAAAGAUUGGCAAGUAGUUAGUGAGGUGGUAAAUGAUAAGUGUGGUAAUAAAAGUAUGGAUCAGUGUAAAAAUAAGAUUGAUAAUUUGAAAAGGAGGUAUAAGCUUGAGGUUCAUAGAGUUAAUAGUAAUAGUGGUAGUAUAAGUACUUGGAAAUGGUUUAAGAAGAUGGAUUUGUUGUUCGGGAAUUCGCCCGUGGCGAAAAGCGGUGGCGAGAAUGUGCUCGAGCUCGAGGGUGAGGGUAAGGGUGAUGAGGAUGAAGGUGAUGAUAGGUCGGUUGGAGUGUCGUCCGGUAAUCAGCAUAGGCGAUCUGCGAGGCUUGCAUCACCCCACAAUAGUCCAGUUCCGAACAAUGUAAAACGGAGUACAAAGGUGAAGUGGAAAAGGGUGGUGUUUAAAGUUAGUGGUACUGCUUUAACUGGAAGCAGUCAGAAUAUUGACCCAAAGGUGGCUUUGCAGAUUGCAGAAGAAGUUGCAAUAGCUUCCCGGUCUGGCGUGCAGGUGGCUAUCAUAAUUGGAGGGCGCAACUUUUUUUGUGGUGAUUCCUGGGUGUCAGCAACUGAUUUAGAUAGGCCUACAGCUUACCAGAUUGGCAUGAUGGCAACAGUCAUGAAUUCCAUAUUGCUUCAGUCAGCCCUAGAGAAAUUGGGUAUUCAAACACGUGUACAAAGUGCUUUUGUGAUGCCUGAAGUUGCUGAACCGUAUAACCGGUUGCGUGCGAUGCGUCAUCUUGAUAAAGGAAGAGUUGUCAUCUUUGGUGGUGUUGGUGCUGGCACGGGGAACCCACUCUUUACAACUGAUACAGCGGCGGCUUUAAGGGCCACUGAGAUCGAUGCAGAUGCGGUUAUUAAAGGUACAAGUGUAAAUGGUAUGUGUGAUAAAAACAAUGUCACAUUGGAUAAAGUAAACUAUCGUUAUGCUGUUUCUAGAGGCUGCCCAUCUAUAGAUUUGAUGGCAAUACAAUUCUGCCAAGAGAACGCAAUUCCGGUUGUUAUAUUUAACAUGCUGAAGCCUGGGAAUGUCUCGAAAGCGUUGACCGGAGAACAAGUUGGCACCUUGAUUGAGCAGUAACGCUCACCCAGUUGGCUCAUCUGGAAAUCGUCCUCUGAUGAAGUGUUUAUAUUCCCUUUGCAGUUAAUUGAAUUAGGAUUAAAAUAUGUUAGUUUGAGUCACAUCCACCAUUGAUGCUUUUAGGAGGACAUCCUUUAGGUCUAAUGUUGAUGCCAACUACCGGAUCUUAUUUAUGUUGUACAUUAUGGUCACCAGAUUUUAUUAAAAUAAAUUAUGGCAUUGGAUUUAGAA